UGUCCUUGCCUGAACGAUCGAGAUCAGUUUUUCGGUGAAACUCGUCCUGUAAACAAGUGCUAUUCCCUUGAUCAAACAUGUGCCAAAAAGUGAUUCUGAUUGUGGUGUUAUGCCUGAUGACUGGUACUCUGGGGAAGCCGCAGCCAUCCAGCGAAUCGUUGCAGCCUAGCGAUAGGCCCGUGCUGGAGAACCCCGCCUACGAUCCCACGAUGUACCACAAAUUUCUACCGCAGGACGCGGUUCAGAGCUACGUGCAAUCCUACACCGGACACAACUACCCGAAGAGCCAAGGAUUCUCGCCGCAGUUUGACACCUCGCCGUUCAACGCACUGCCAGCGAACGCCUUCGACACGUACCUCAUCCCCGUCGAGAAGCCUCCAGCGUCUUCACCAUCUCUGUUCGCAUCCGUUCGUUCCGUGAUGCCUUCCGCACGGUCACUGGUAAACUUUCUCGCCGAGCUGGUGUCGUUCGUGUUGGGUUCGCUGGGAACGGUCGCGCUGGGAACACUGCUGACCGCUGGGCUCUGCUUCUUCACUCCGUUCUGUACGCUGACCUUCCGGAACGGGAAACUCCUGGGGGUGGCCGAAACCACACAGGAAGUGUUCAAUGCCCUCGGAGACCAGGUUACCGCCGACCGGGUGAAACGGGCGGCCGAAUUCGUCAAGGUAGCAAUCGACAAAUUUCAGCAGCUCAACCAGGUGGUGAAGGAUGCGGGCGAGCGGAACGCGAUUCACUAGUGAUUAUGAAAAUAAACUUUUUCUGUAAUAUAGUUUUAUUGUAAUAA